AUGUCUGAAAUAGAUUCCAUUAAGCUGCUAGCAUUAUGUUGUAUCCUCUGCAUAUUCUCCAGUUCUGCUGCUGCUCAAGAUAACGAAGCAAAAGCUCUGUUGAACUGGAAAGCCAGAUUAACUGAUGAAAGCAAAGCCACCUUGUCCUCUUGGAAAAAUGAAACCAAACCUUGCAGACACAACUGGAAGGGAAUUUCAUGUGAUGAAUCCAUGUCCGUGAUCAAGAUAAGUCUGUCAAAUCUCGGCCUACAAGGUACUCUUGACAGUUUCAACUUCACUUCCUUUCCUAAUCUGAGACAUUUUGAUCUGAGUUUGAACCAAUUUUACGGAAGCAUUCCCCACAAAAUUGGUAACUUGUCCAGUAUUUUAGUACUGAAAUUGUCGAAUAAUUUAUUUAGUGGUCCCAUCCCUCCUGAAAUCCAGAAACUAACCACCCUAAAUAUUCUUGACCUUAGUACGUGUCACCUGAGAGGGCCAAUUCCGCAUGAAAUUGGCCAUUUGAGGAAUCUCACGUUCCUAUGGCUUGGAGAGAACUCCCUUUCUGGUCCCAUUCCAGAAGAGAUUGGAAUGUUAAGUAAUCUUCUGAGCCUUUACUUGGCAAACAACCCUGUGUCAGGGAGAAUCCCAGCAUCACUCGAAAACCUGACCAAGUUGCAAGAAAUUUUUCUUUAUGACAACAAUCUCUCGGGUCCUAUUCCUAAUGGUUUCUGGAAACUCUAUUCUCUCACUAGCAUUAAUUUAUACUCUAAUAGACUUUCCGGGCCAAUCUCUCCCUUUAUUGGAAACCUAACAAAUCUUGUAUAUUUGGGCUUGAAUGGUAACAACUUUUUUGGUCCAGUUCCUUCAUCCAUUGGCAACUUGAUUGAUUUACGUCAGGUUUCUCUUCAAAACAACAGCCUUUCAGGAUCUAUUCCUUCCACUAUAGGAAAUCUGACAAAGCUCACCCACCUGUUUUUGGACAGCAACAGUCUCAAUGGUCAACUUCCACGAGAAAUGAAUAAUUUGACAGUUUGGAAGAACUUGCAAUUGAGUUAUAAUCAUUUCAUUGGCCCUCUGCCACAACAAAUUUGCCAAAGUGGAAGGUUAUUUAGGUUUGCUGCUAAUAAUAACCAUUUCACUGGCCCUAUUCCAACAAGUUUGAAGAAUUGUUCUAGUCUAGAAAGAAUCAGGCUUGAUAAUAACCAAAUAGUCGAUGAUAUAACAGUUGCUUUUGGAGUAUAUCCUCAUUUGGACUACAUUGAUCUUAGUGGUAAUCAAUUGUAUGGCCACCUUUCAUCCAAGUGGGGGAAGUGUCAAAAUCUCACACAAUUGAUUAUUCACAAUAACAAGCUUUCUGGCGAUAUACCACCAGAACUAGGAGAGGCAUCUAAACUUGGUUUACUUGACUUGUCUUCAAAUCAUUUGUCUGGACAAAUUCCAAAACAGCUAGGGAAGUUGAUCAUGUUGAUAGAACUCUCUUUGAGCAACAAUAGCUUCUCUGGUAAUGUCCCCUCAACUAUAGGAUCACUUAGUCGGCUUGAAACUUUGGAGUUGGCUGCAAAUAAUUUCAAUGGCUCAAUCACAAGAGAGCUUAGGAAACUAAAAAGGUUAACGGUCUUGAACUUGAGCAAAAACAAAUUUGAUGAAAGCAUUCCACAUGAGCUUCAUGAACUCCAAGACCUUGAACAUCUUGAUCUCAGUGACAACUUGCUAAUCGGAACAAUACCAGCAACACUUGGAUUGCUACCCAAGUUGCAAGUAUUAAAUCUCUCACAUAAUAAUCUUUCUGGCACCAUUUUGUCUAGUUUUAGCAAAAUGCCUGCUUUGUCUAUUGUUGACAUAUCAUACAAUCAAUUAGAAGGCCCUGUUCCAAAUGAUCUAGCCUUUUAUAAUUUUGAGGCAUUGAGGAAUAAUAAAGGUUUGUGCGGUAAUGUUAUUGGUUUAAAUCCUUGUGGGGAUUCCCAAACAAACAGACAUAGUCAUGGGAGUAAAAAGUUCUUGAAGAUAGUCCUCCCAUUGGCCACACUGCCUAUGUUAGUUGUUGGAGCAUAUUUCAUAUUUCUCAAAAUAACAACAAAAGCAAAAAACAAAAAUGGAGAAGCUCCACUAGAAGAUGCUUAUCUGUUAUUGACUGGUGGUAGAAAAAUAUUGUAUGAUGAUAUCAUCGAUGCCACAAAAGAAUUUGAUGAAAGAUAUUUGGUUGGGAAAGGGAGCCAAGGAAGUGUUUAUAGGGCUGAGUUGUCUACAGGUGAUGUUUUUGCUGUAAAGAAACUUCAUUCAUUGGCAAGUGAUGAAAUCACCAACCACAAAGCUUUUACAACUGAGAUUCAGGUUUUGAGAGAAAUUAAGCAUCGCAACAUUGUGAAGUUGCAUGGGUUUUAUUCCAAUUCACGAUUCUCCAUUUUGGUUUAUGAGUUUUUGGAAGGUGGAAGCUUGGAUAACAUAUUAAAGGAUGAGAAACAGGCCACUGAGUUUGGAUGGAACAAGAGGGUGAACGUUGUUAAGGGUGUGGCUAGUGCUUUAUUCCAUAUGCAUCAUGGCUGUUUGAUUCCUAUUAUCCAUCGUGACAUAUCCAGCAAGAAUGUUCUUCUAAGUUCUUCUGACUAUGGAAAAGCAUGCAUCAUUGACUUUGGAACGGCGAAGUUUUUGAAUCCUAACUCAGGCAAUAUGACCACAUUUGCUGGCACACCUGGAUAUGCUGCACCAGAGAUGACUUUUCUUAUGGAAGUGAAUGACAAAUGUGAUGUUUAUAGCUUUGGAGUUUUGACUUUGGAAAUCAUUAUGGGGAGACAUCCAGGAGAGCUUAUUUCAGCUUUGCAAGAGAAAUCAACUGCCAUUGAUGAUUUGAAGUUAAAUGAUGUGUUGGACUCACGACUUUCUCUACCCACAAAAUCAGUUGAUGAUGUCAUCAUAGUGCUAAAAAUAGCAAUUUCUUGCUUGAAUAAGAAUCCUCGAUCUCGUCCAACAAUGAAACAAGUAUCUAUAAAGCUUGAGACGGCGCCAAAAUCUUAUUCAAAGGAUCAAUUUCCCAUCACUACAAUUGGGCAACUCAUAAGGGAUGGAACUUCUUUAUCAAAAGUUAAAAAGUAAAAUCACAUAUUGCGUUGAGUGGUGUUCGCCCUCUUAUUCUGUAUACACUA